UAAAUUUAUGUCCCCUUCCUCUUUUCUUACACUCUGCCGCCAACCCCUCUCCUCUCAAACUCUCGAAGGUCUCUGCCGCCUCUACACCCCGUAUCACCGCCGCCGUUGCUCCUUACCUUCACCACCGUAGCUCUACUCCUUUUGAAAAGAUAAUGGCGGAGGAGGAAGGACAACCAAUGCCUUAUGUGUCGGAGGUAGUAUUGAAGAAAAGGAAAAUAAAAGAUGAGUUGGCAAUUACGAGGAAGACCCAGUUGGAGUUGGGUAAAUAUGGAGCGAUAAAAAGCAAGAAGCAAUCCGAUGUUUCUGACAUCAAAAGACCCGAGCAGUUCAUAAAAGAAUUUAGAGCCCAGGAGUUGGACCUAAUCAGACUCAAACAGAGGGCAAAGAGACCAAAGUCAAUGAUAUCAAAACCGAGAUCAAAGUUGCUUUUCGUUAUCCGUAUACAAGGAAAAAAUGACAUGCAUCCAAAAACUAGGAAGAUCUUAUACAACCUGAGGUUGAGGAGAGUUUUCAGUGGCGUCUUCGUGAAGGCGACUGAGGGCGUAAUAGAAAUGCUGCAGAAGGUGGAGCCAUAUGUCACAUAUGGAUAUCCUAAUCUUAAGAAUGUGAAGGAGCUGAUUUACAAGAAGGGCUAUGCAAGGAUCGACAAGAAAGCAGUUCCACUGACAGAUAAUAAUAUUAUUGAACAGGAAUUGGGGAAGUAUGGCGUCAUAUGCUUAGAAGAUAUUGUACACGAAAUUGCAAAUGUUGGUCCACAUUUCAAGGAGGUUAAUCAUUUUAUGGGACCCCUUAUGCUCAGUAAGCCAGGAGGAGUAAUCCAAGGGAAGAAACAGCCAUACAGGGAAGGAGGAGAUGCUGGUAAUCGUGAAGAUGAAAUCAAUGACCUAAUCAGCAAGAUGAAUUAGCUUGAAUAUUUUAGUUCCUACAUAUAAGAAAAUUUUGAUGUGUAGCUUUCAAUGAUCUGAAAUGGAAUGUAAUCCAGCUUUGAAUUGACAAACAACUUUGGUUUUGUUUAUCGCUAUGAUCAAUGCUAAUUUAUCAUUUCUUACUUA